AUGGACCGUUGGACGCUCAGACCUCGGCACAGACAGCUCCACACUCUUCACUCUCGGAGCCUCACACAACACUGUGACAGACGUCUUCAUCCAGAGCACUGUGAGGAGAACCAUGGGGGCACCAUGGAGACGGGACACUACUGGUCUCAGCGGGACGUCCCAAACUGGUCUUACCCAGAGACUACGGCAACAUCUCAGUUUCCUUUUACCCUCGACCACGGAGCCCACGGAGCCUUCCCUCUGGAGCCCCAGGAGAGAGGGGCUCAGGCCGGAGUCUGGUCCUCCCACUCUGAGCUCUACAGACGGGACAGAACCAAGAGGAGCGACAGCUUCAGGGAGCUAGAGGCGUGGGCACUGCGCUACAGCCACUCACUGCCCAGACGGAGGCGGAUGGAGGCGGAGCUCAGGGGCGGCCUGCGAGAGCCCACGGACUCAAGAGAAAAGCAGGACGGAAAUAUGCAUCAAUUUACAUCAGGAGGCUCAGCGAGCAGACAAGCUUUGGACCACAGUCCACCCGGCCAAAACAUGGACACGAUCUCUUAUAAAACCAAGUUCUACCACCACCCGCCGCAUUACAGCGCCCCGCCCCCGUACAGGGUCCAAUCUCCAAAUGUUUUACAACAAAGAUAUGGAAAAGAAAGCUAUUUGGAGCCGAGUGAAUGGAACGAAGAGGAAGACGUCCGUGAGGCUCAUGGUCAAAGUCCAGACACAAAACUGGAGCUUCUCCAACCCCCGACUCGAGACCCCGACUUUACCCUUUUGGACUGUCCUUCAGUUGAAAAUCUCGCAUCUAAAGACGUCUGGGACCAGUCUGCGUCCGUUUGUCCAAGAGAAAACCAGGACGAGGGGAAUUGCCCACGGUCGCUGUGGGACGCCGUCAGUCGAAUCAGAAAACACACGGCUCCAGACUCAGAGAACGACGAAGAGGAGGAGCUCACGGACUCCUGGGACAAGGACAGCCUCCUAAAUAGGUUUGAAAAUAUCACAACAUCAAGUGACUUUUCAGCAUCAGAAGAAUGUGAGGAUUCCAUGGACCGAAGUGACUCACGGUGCAGCGGCAAGAGUCAGGAGUCAGACGGGACCAUCGUGGACGAGGACCUGGAUUCCAGAGAAAUGUGGACCGAGGACCUGGAUUCCAGAGAAAUGUGGACCGAGGACCUGGAGUCCAGAGAAAUGUGGACCGAGGAGCUGGAGUCCAGAGAAAUGUGGACCGAGGACCUGGAGUCCAGAGAAAUGUGGACCGAGGAGCUGGAGUCCAGAGAAAUGUGGACCGAGGACCUGGAGUCCAGAGAAAUGUGGACCGAGGAGCUGGAGUCCAGAGAAAUGUGGACAGAGGACCAAGAAACUGCAGCAGAACGAGACGAGACCGAAGAGGGUUCAAAUCUCGGAGGAACAGGAAGCAGACGAUCUGUGAUGAACGUAAACAAUCAGUGA